AUGAGCAGCAAUUCCAGGACUUUGGAACUGGUCAGCAAGGACACUGUUGCCUCGCACAACCAGAAAAACGACGCUUGGGUCGUCGUACAAGGCAGGAAGGUCGUUGACAUUUCUGCCUAUAUCAGAGAGCGUCCCGAGAAAGAGGAGCUUUUGCUGUCUUUGGCAGGGAAGGAUAUCACGGACCGGAGCCACGAGUUCCCCGGGUUGAACGCGGAUGACCAUCUCGUGGGGUACUUGGCGACAGAUUUGGAGGAAAAAGAGUUGUUGUCAAACAAGGACCACAAAGUUGAGGUCAAAUUGGAAGGUGGUGAAACUUUCGACUCUUCCACUUUCGUCAAGGACUUGCCCACGGAGGAUAAGUUGAGUAUUGCCACGGACACAAAACGUGAUUACCAGAAACAUCAUUUCCUGGACUUGGAAAAACCGUUGAUCCCUCAAGUGCUGUUCGGGAGCUUCACAAAGGACUUCUACGUCGAUCAGAUCCACAGACCAAGACACUACGGGAAGGGUUCCGCCCCACUGUUUGGGAACUUCUUGGAACCAAUCUCGAAGACCGCAUGGUACGUCGUCCCCAUCGUCUGGGGGCCCGUCGUCCUUUACUUCCUCGGGAGAUCAUUAAAGGGGAUACACCCUAUCUUUGCCCUAAUGCUCUUCGCACUGGGUGGGUUUGUAUGGACUUUGAUCGAAUACUGCAUGCACAGAUUCCUGUUCCAUUUCGAUGACUGGCUACCAGAGAACAACGUCGCCUUCACCAUCCAUUUCUUACUCCACGGUGUACACCACUACUUGCCCAUGGACGGUUACCGUCUAGUGGUCCCACCAGCUUUGUUUGUCGUCCUGUGCACUCCAUUUUACAAGUUGGUCUUCAAACUGUUACCCCACUACGUGGCCUGUGCCGGGUUCGCAGGCGGUAUGUUCGGCUACAUAUGCUACGACUUGAUCCACUACUUCUUACACCACUCGAAGAUGCCAAAGUUCAUGAGGAAAUUGAAGCAGUACCACUUGGAGCACCACUACAAAAACUACCAAUUGGGGUUCGGUGUCUCUAAUUGGUUCUGGGACAAAGUGUUCGACACCUACUUGGGCAAAGACGCUCCAAUCUCCCCAAUGAAGUACGAUUAG